AUGGGGGCUUUUCUUUCCCAUGAUCUAAGAAAAGCAAGGAUAAGAGAAUUUCUCACCCUUAAGCAAGAAUUUAUGAGUGUGCAUAAGUAUAACCUUAAGUUCACCCAAUUGUUCCAUUUUGCCCCGGAGAUAGUUGCUGACAUGAGGAUCCAGAUGAGUCUGUUUGUUGUUGGGUUGUCUUGUCUGUCAAGUAAGGAUGGAAAGGCGACUAUGCUAAUAGGGGAUAUGGACAUAGCAAGACUAAUGAUCCAUGUGCAUCAGGUUGAGAAAGAUAAGCUGAGGGAUAGAGAAGUGUUCAAAAACAAGAAAGAUAAGACAACAGGGAAUAAGUCUGAGCAGGAGAAGAAUAAUGCAAACUGUUCAUCAUUCCAACAUAAGCAAAAUGGACCUGCGCCAUCAUUUUCUAGUGCACCUUCACCAAGCAAUAAAUAUAGAGCUGUACCUAGAGGAACUACUUUAGGGACAGACAAAGGGUCAAACCGUCUUUAUUCUAUCACUAGUCGCCAAGAGGAAGAGAAUUCUCCAGAUGUUUUCACUGGUAUGAUAAAAGUCUUUACUUUUGAUGCUUAUGAUUUGCUUGAUGUAUAG